AUGGUUGAGGAAAACUGCACCGCGGUGACAGAGUUCAUUCUCCUGGGAUUAUCAGACAUUCCUGAGUUGAGGGUCUUUCUCUUCCUGGUGUUUCUUCUCAUCUAUGGAGUCACGGUUUUGGCCAACCUGGGCAUGACUGCACUGAUCCAAGCCAGCUCUCAGCUUCACACUCCCAUGUACUUUUUCCUCAGCCAUUUAUCCUUCGUGGAUUUCUGUUACUCCUCAACCAUUGUGCCAAAGAUGCUGACAAAUAUCUUCAACAAGGACAAAACCAUCUCCUUCUUGGGAUGCAUGGUGCAAUUCUAUUUGUUUUGCACAUGUGUGGUCACUGAGGUCUUCCUGCUGGCGGUGAUGGCCUAUGACCGCUUUGUGGCCAUCUGUAACCCCCUGCUGUACAUGGUCAUCAUGUGUCAGAAGCUCUGUGUGGAGCUGGUUUCUGGCUGCUACCUCUGUGCUUCACUGUGUUCUCUGAUCCACUUGUGCUUAGUUUUUAAGAUCCCAUCUUAUAGGUCAAAUGUGAUUAAUCACUUCUUCUGCGAUCUACCCCCUCUCUUAAGUCUUGCUUGUGAGGAUGUCACUAUGAAUGAGCUGCUUUUGUUCACUGUGGCCACAUUCAAUGAGUCGAUUACUAUUGUGGUCAUCCUCACCUCCUAUUUGUUCAUUCUCAUCACCAUCCUGAGGAUGCGCUCUGCAGAAGGAAGACGCAAAGCCUUUUCCACCUGUGCCUCUCACCUCACAGCUAUUGUUGUUUUCCAUGGUACAAUCCUCUCCAUUUAUUGCUGGCCCAGUUCAGGCAACAGUGAGGAUAUUGGCAAAGUGUCCUCUGUGUUCUACACAGUAGUGAUUCCCAUGCUGAACCCCUUGAUCUAUAGCCUGAGGAACAAGGAUGUGAAGGAAGCUUUCAGGAAACUGGUGGGCUCCAGGCUAUGUCUCUAG